AUGGACGCCGCGACGAUAGAAGAGAUGAACCGCAUACGAGUGUCGCUGGGAAUGAAGCCUCUGCCCGUUCCCGGUGCCGACGCGCCCAGCGACUCGGAUUCCGAACCAGAGGAGGACCGCGGCAGCACGCUCGAAACGCGCGAGGCCGAGGGCGGCGACAAUUACCAAAAAUAUCUCGACGGCGAGGCCAACAAGCGCCGGCGCGAGCAAAAGGCCGCUGCCGUCCGGAGGGCGCGCGAGAUGGCCCAGCGCAACCUGGUCCUGGACGGCAAGGGCCUGGGCGAGGCCGACGCCGAGGACCCUGCCGACGCGCGCGCCUGGUUGACGGGUCAGAAGAAGCGCCAAAGGAAGAUCGACAAGGCGCGCAAGCUUGAGGCGGAGCUGGCGGCGGCUGAGGCAGAGGCCGCCGCCGCCGUUCAGUACACCGCCAAGGAUCUGGCGGGCAUCAGGGUUGGUCACGACAUGUCCACGUUCCUCGACGGUGAUGAGCAGAUUCUCACGCUGAAGGACUCUGCCAUUGAUGCCAACGACGAGGACGACGAACUGGAAAAUGUGACCCUCCGUGAACAAGAAGCUCUUCAUGACAGGUUGGAUGUGCUGAAAAAGCGUCCUGGCUAUAACCCCGUGGAUGGUGAAGAGGCCAGUGGUAUACUUGCGCAAUACGACGAAGAAAUUUCCGGCAAGAAGAGAAAACGAUUCACGCUCGAUGAAACGGGGAUCAAUGCCGAGCUGGCGGAUAUUCUCAGUGCGCCCGCCGCAAAGAAGCAGCACAAUAUCUCCCUAGAUGAUGUUGUUGGCGACGGCGUACAAGGAUCCUCCGACUACUUAGAUGCCUCGGAAAUAAAGAUAAAAAAGCCCAAGAAGAAGAAAUCCAAACAAACAAGACAAAAACAACAGGAUGAAGACGACAUCUUUCCACUAGAAGUCGUACCCGAAGCGAAUGACGAAAUGGAUGUGGAUAGCAAAGACGGCAUCCGCAAGAAACCAAAGACAGUAUCCGACACGUUUGUCGACGAUGAUGACCUGCAAGCGUCAUUAGCAGCGCAAAGAAGAAACGCGCUCAAGAAGCGCAAGAAGAGCCGCCCAGAGGACUUAGCAAAGAUGCUCAAGGAACAAGGGAACGAAGAAGAUUCGCUCGAAAUUCAGCCAGACGGCGGUCUUGUCAUCGGUGCCGUGUCUGAGUUUGUCUCUGGCCUCAGUGUGCCGGAAGUUGAAGUUCGCAAGCCGAAGCGAAGCCCCUCACCGACGCAAGAACGCAGGCCAGAAGAAAAUGGCGAGGAUCAUAUCAUGGAGGAUUUGGAAGAUGCACAUAUUCAACAUGUGCAAGAUUCGGAGCCCCAGCCGCAAGAUCAAGCCGAGGACGAGGAAAAGAUGGUUGGCAGCGGCAUGGGCGCAGCCCUGUCGCUGCUGCGCGAGCGCGGCCUCGUCGAAGAGUCCAAGGGCGACGAAGAGUACGCCGCUUUUAAGCACCGCCAGGAUUUCCUCGCCAAGAAGAAGCAGCUCGAAGACGAGCUCGACGAAGAGACGCGGCGGCAACGCGAGCGGGACCGCGCCAAUGGCAAGCUGGACCGCAUGUCAGUGCGCGAGCGCGAGGACUAUGCGCGGCAGCAGAACCAGUGGCGCGACCAGCAGCAGUCGCGGCGCGUGGCGAAGCUCUUUGAAGCCAACUACAAGCCAACGGUGGCGCUGAAAUACCGCGACGACCUCGGCCGCGACCUCGGCACCAAGGACGCCUUCAAGCAUCUCAGCCACCACUUUCACGGCAAGGACAGCGGCAACAUGAAGAAGCAGAAGUUGCUCAAGAAGAUGGAGGAGGACCGCCGGCGCGAGGCCCAGAGCAUGUUUGACGCCAGCCAGAGCGCAGGUAUGAGCCGCGCGACGGCACAGCAGCUCAAGAAGCGCAAGGAGGCGGGUGUUCGUCUAGGAUGA